GAUCCUUCUCUAGCUGAGCUGGCUCGGCUGGCUCCUGCAGGUCCCAAUUUUAAAAGGCGCAUCGUCGCCACCCCGCGCACGCUUCCUCCCGCAACUUCGCACCACCGACACUCCUUGACUCGGCGUGUUUUCCAUUCCUUCCUGCGCUUCGUUGUCUUUCUCUGCGACUCACUCGCUCUCUCUGAGUCGGAACGCAUCAGCUGCGACUGUGUCCGGCCACUCUCUUUUGCAAAACUCAACAAACUUGGAGAAUUUCCUUCAUUUAGGCAAUCACCAACGCUCCUUUCGACCCCAUUCCGCACGCAGGCAGGAUUCCAUUCUUUGGGCACAAGUUCCCGAUUCUGAUACCCGCUUCCACGAAGUCGUACGCUCUUUGGUACACAUAACGAUAUAUCUACAACGACAACUCGCAAAACAUGUUCGCCGUUAUUCCCUUUUCCCUCGCUGUCGCAGCAGGCGCUGCGGCAAAGGCUGUGUGGACCACGCCUCACGAUAGCUACUCGUCCUCGGUCGGCGUGCUCGGCUGCAAAAUCAAUACGAACCGCGUUGCCUACUGGCCUGGCUCCGUUGAUUGCAACAACAUCUGCGUCAAACUAAGUUACAACGGCCGCUCGGUUCACUUGCUGCGGAUUGAUCAGUCUGGAGGCGCAUACGAUGUCAGCUACGACGCUUGGAACUACCUGCAGACUGGCAAGCCUGCUACUGUCGACCCCAUUACCGGCGGCUCUGUCGCCAUGGAGUACGAGGAGGUCGAUGCAUCCGAAUGCGCUUCCCUCAUCCACACCGACGGUCACAAGCUCCCGCUCAGCGCUUCCAACAGCAUCAACUUUCUCAACUCCUGCCUCGCCCAGGAGGGCAGCUGGGUGGCAAGCAACCAUGUCCUCUACAACAUUUGCGACCCCAUCUGCUCCCUCGGUUUCGACGAGACCUGCACUCUCGACCUCGCCGUCAGCAACCAGCCCAGCUGCUCCCACACUCUGGGCUUGACCACCCCGCUCGCCUCCGCCCCCGUCUACAACGUCCAGUACGACUCCGGCAAGACCGUCGUGGCGGGCUCUGGCGAGGCCGCUUCCCCCGGUGUGGCCGCGGCCGCAUGGGAUGGCGGGAAUGGCGGGGACGACAGCCCGGCUGCCGGCCCAUCGGCGAGCGCGCAACCGACCGCUUUGCCCGGCAUCUUUAUGCAGGUUAGCAGCAGCAGCAUCGAGGUGGUUUCCUCUGUCCAGAGCACCACCGUCAGCCCAGCCAGCGCAGAUGCACCCACUACCUACCCGGUCGCCACCCCCGCCAGCAGCAGCAGCAGCAGCGGUAGUGGUCAGGAAAUUCCAAGCUCGACAGUCCUGCCCGCCACGAAGACGGCGCAACCUAUCUCGUCUUACGGCGGGAUUGCUGCCAGCCCGAGCAGCGCUGGCAAGUCGAGCACCAGGACGUAUACCACGCUGUCGCAGGUCACUGUCUCCAGCAGCCCGGGGACCACUGCUAGCGGCAUUGCCACUGGCUCUCCUGUGCCGACCGCGGGUGCUGGGCAUGCGGGCGGUAGGGUAUCUGCGUUCGCGUUGGUCUCUAGCAUCGUUGUCUGUGGGAUUCUCGGCGCGUUCUAACCUGUGUGCAUUACUAUGAUGGGAACUCAUGAUACCACGUGGCUGGUAAACUUAGACUUCAAUGUAUAUAUUUUGGGGGCUUCCUACCGAUAGAUGGAGGAGGUCUUGACAAAAGAAUUGAUUAUCUUGCCAACAAA